AUGCCCACUACGUUGUCGCCGCUUGCAAGGAUGCUCCAGCUACUGGAUACGUGCAGCCAGCAAGGACGGAGUGACGUUCCUGAUGCCCACUCGUAUACCGGGGCUUUUACCCUGCGAAGAAGAGGAAGCGGCGUGAAGAUCUGCGUCUGUCUGGUCAUACAAGCCGAUUCGCCCCUGGGCAAUAUCAAUGGACAAAACGCGGUUGUUUCGUCAGGGGUGCCUCGAGGGUGCUACGCUGGAGCGGAAGGUACAGGCGAAGUGUCUUCGGGGGCAGGAGAACGAGGGGACGUCCCUCCUACGCUCUCCACGCGCGGGCAGCUGUUGACGGCCGUGUCCCCUCGCCGGGAAGAUCGAGCAGCGCGGACGCACGUCCGGACGAAGCCCCUCGACCACGAAAACAAAUUGACCGCCAACGACAGAGGCGACAGACACCGCGGCGGCGUCGAAAUUCCUGCCCCGAGGUGCGGUGCACGGCUUUCCGAUGUGCACGGCGACGUCGAGCAGGGUCUUGAGAAGAUGGGUUGGGAUGGGGACCCGAGGGUGGGCGGGAACAUGGCGAUUUGA